GCAAUGGGCACGACGGCGCUCAACAUGCACGAGCGUAUGGACGGCCUCCUGUACGCCCUGGUGCACCCCCAGAAGCCCAUGGUCACCACCCGGGUGCUGGACCUGGUUCCCGGAGGGCAGAACGCGUCCAUCGCGGUGAUGUCCUACUCCGGCUACGACAUCGAAGACGCCAUAGUGCUCAACAGGGGGUCCCUUGAUCGAGGGUUCGGGCGGUGCAUGGUCUUCAGGAAGCAUCAGGUGCCGAUCCGAAAGUAUCCCAACGGCACCCAGGACAAGAUCGUCGGGAAAGUGCGAGCGUCCGAGUUUCCAAGAGGCGAAGAUGACCCGCGAUGGCCACGGUACAAAGCCUUGGACGAGGAUGGUAUCUGCCGCGUGGGGGCCAGGCUCGACCCCGGCACCAUCAUGGUUAACAAGCACAGCCCGGCCAGCACGUCAGGAUCGGGACCUGUCAGCUCGGACUUCGCUUCCACGCCUCUCUCGUACAAGGCACCAGCAGAAAGCUAUGUCGACAAGGUCGGAGACAAGUUCUCCUCUCGCCACGGUCAGAAGGGUGUGUGUGGCAUCAUCGUGCCUCAGGAAGACAUGCCCUUCGCAGACUCGGGUAUCUGCCCCGACCUCAUCAUGAAUCCUCACGGGUUCCCGUCCCGAAUGACUGUGGGAAAGAUGGUUGAGCUGGUCGCCGGAAAGGCUGGUGUGCUGCACGGGCAUCAGGCGUAUGGCACGGCGUUCGGGGAGGAGCACGGCAGUGCUGAUCGCGUCCACCUCUGUUGUCAGGCUCUCGUGGAGCGAGGCUACAGCUACGUCGGGAAGGACAUGCUCACCUCCGGCACAGGUGGAGAGCCCUUGAUGAACUACAUCUUCGCCGGACCAGUCUUUUACCAGAAGCUCAAGCACAUGGUCAUGGACAAGAUGCACGCGAGAGCGAGGGGGCCCCGUGCCGUACUGACGCGCCAGCCUACCGAGGGGAGGUCGAGGGAUGGGGGGCUCCGUCUGGGAGAGAUGGAGCGAGAUUGUCUCAUCGGCUACGGGGCCAGCGCGCUCAUCAUGGAGAGGCUCAUGAUCAGCAGCGACGCUUUCACGGCUAACGUGUGCCAGGGAUGCGGCUUGCUUGGGUACUCUGGGUGGUGUCAAAACUGCCGCAGCCCGGAGAAGAUGGCCGACAUCCGACUACCGUACGCAUGCAAGCUCCUCUUCCAGGAACUCCAGAGCAUGAACAUCGUGCCCCGGCUUAAGCUUCAAGACUUCUAGCCUAGGAGCUGGGAGCCCGCCUACCUAGUCGUCAUUCUUGC